CCAGGGUUCAACAUGUGUGGACACGUCCUCUGACAGGACACUACAGACACACACGUGGGGGUAGGGGGGACAGGGGUCAGGAGUAGGGCAGUGUGACACCGAGAGAGAGAUGGAAGAAGAACGACGGUGAAAACAGAACCACAGUAAUGACUAGAGAUGUAACGAUGCGCUUCACUCACGAUAGAAUAUGGUUCGUGGUUUUUUAUCACGAUUUCUUUUGUGUAUGAUAUGAUUUUAUCACGUUUUUUUUUUCAGUUCACAGUUUAAUGUGACCAGUGACUUUUUGAGAUGACGCAGCCUACUCCCUACACCUUGAUGCACAAUUUAUUUAUUUUUUAUUUCAUCCGAUUGCGAAAUGUCAUGGAUUUCUAUCGGUUUUUAAUCGAUUGACGACGCAUCGUUACAUCACUAGCGGUUGCUAGUUUUCUAGGCUGACACUAAAUGUAGAGAGUAGUAUAAGAUCUGGUAUCAAAAACAUCAUCACCGAUGUGUCCAGGGUGACCGCAUGUGGAACUUUGCCGUGGCCGUGUUCCUGGUGGAGCUCUAUGGGAACAGCCUGCUCCUCACCGCCGUCUACGGGCUGGUGGUGGCGGGCUCCGUGCUGCUGCUGGGGGCUAUUAUUGGAGACUGGGUGGACAAGAACCCCAGACUUAAAGUGGCCCAGACUUCACUGCUGGUCCAGAACAGCUGCGUCAUCGCCUGCGGAGUCCUCCUGAUGCUGGUCUUCCAGUUCAAGGAGCAACUCGCCCACCUCUACAACGGAUGGAUUCUGACCGUCUGUUACAUCCUGGUCAUCUCCAUCGCCAACGUCGCCAACCUCGCCAGCACAGCCACAUCCAUAACCAUCCAGAGGGACUGGGUCGUGGUGGUGGCGGGUCAGGACAGCGCUAAAUUAGCAGACAUGAACGCCACCGUGAGGAUCAUCGACCAGCUGACCAACAUCCUGGCUCCGAUGCUGGUGGGACAGAUAAUGGCCUUCGGUUCCCAUUUCAUUGGUUGCGGGUUCAUCUCUGGGUGGAACCUGUGCUCCAUGUGCGUAGAGUACGCUCUGCUGUGGAAGGUCUACCAGAAGACGCCGGCGCUGGCGGUGAAGGCCGGACAGAAGGAGGCGCCGCAGGAGCUCAAACAGCUCAGUCCUCAGAAAGACGUGGAGAACGGUCAGAACCCAGAGUCUGUUCAGCCCCUCAUAACUGAGUCCUCUGUGGUGGCCAGUCCGGAACCUUCUCGGCAGCAGGGCUGUUGCUACCAGGUGACCGAACCCCUGCGGACCUUGAAGGGCGGCUGGGUGGCCUACUACAACCAGAACAUCUUUUUGGCCGGCAUGUCCCUCUCCUUCCUCUACAUGACUGUGCUGGGAUUCGACUGCAUCACCACCGGCUACGCCUACACCCAGGGCCUGAACGGCUCGGUGCUCAGCCUUCUGAUGGGAGCCUCGGCCGUGUGUGGCAUCGUCGGCACCGUCGCCUUCACCUGGAUCCGCAAGAAGUGCGGCCUGAUCCGCACCGGCUUCAUCUCAGGCGUGGCUCAGCUCUCCUGCCUCAUGAUGUGCGUCGCCUCCGUCUUCACCCCCGGGAGCCCCUUCGACCUGAGUGUCUCACCCUUCCAGGACCUUUACACCCACCUGAUGGGGGAGACCCUGCUCGACCCUGAGCACAACGUUCAUGUGGGCGUGAACGCCACCAUCGGAGCCCCGACCGACGAGGUGCCCCCCCUGCAGUCCUACAUAUCUGUUGGUCUGCUGUUCGCUGGCGUCAUUGCUGCUAGAGUUGGACUGUGGUCCUUCGACCUGACCGUCACCCAACUCAUCCAGGAGAACGUUAUCGAGUCUGAGAGAGGUGUGGUCAACGGCGUCCAGAACUCCAUGAACUACCUCUUAGACCUACUGCACUUUAUCAUGGUGAUCCUGGCUCCCAACCCCCAGGCCUUCGGCCUGCUCGUCAUUAUCUCCGUCUCCUUCGUGGCCAUGGGCCACAUCAUGUACUUCACGUUUGCCUUCAAGAGCCUGGGCCGACGCCUGUUCCUCUGCUUCUCACCGGAGCAGAAGGUGGAGACCACAGACGACCACUCCCCCCCAACCACCGUCUGACCACGCUGCGAGACUUUGUCCUGGGGUACAUCGAUCUGAAAGCCACGCCUUGUCCCUGCAUCGUAUUUACCCAACUAACACCUAGCUUGUAGGCGGCAGAAUGCUAAUGCUAACAUAUAUGUGAAAUGCAUUAAUCAACAGUGGGGGAGGGAAGGGGGGAGUAGACCUUGACAAAUUUUAGAUCAGGUAAAAAAAACUUGCAGGAGUCGGGUGCGAGACUCUGUGUCCUUCAACAUCUGGGUUGUGUUCCACCACAUGUACAUGCACUGUCAGAGAGAGGACAAACUGGAGGUUGCGUCAGCGCUGCUUUAGCUAAAGCACGAGCGUAAGACAAGGGAGUAAUGUUACAGAGAAGCAGGUUCUCAGAAUCCCUCGUUUGCCUUUCAGUGACAUCAUCGGUACUGUUACCCCAUCUGCCCCGAGCUCCCUCUCUACGUUUGUACUGGUCUCACAGGAGCAGGUCUGGACGUCCAACCAUGGGUUCAGACCCCAAGCGAGGAUCGGUCUCUUUAACACAGUCUUAACUGUAUUUAUUACGGGGGGCAUUUUCUAAUCAGUGUUGUUGUUGUUGUGCGUUUACUUAAUGAUUGUGUCUCAAAGAAAAAGAACUCCGAUCUCUGCACCCUGAUCAGGUCCAAAUGGAGGGAAACCAGAUCCGUCUGAAUGAGAGCAAGUUCUGUGAACAAAAGUUCCAGGUACCCAUUGUCCACUCACGCUCCUCUCUCUUGUUUCAGCCUUUUCUUUUUUUUAAAAUGUCUAAAGUAAACGAGAACAUCAUCCGCGAAGGCGUUGAUUGGUCGAUUGGCAGGAAUUUCAUUUGUGGAUUUUGACAAAUUAAUUUAAACGUGAUCUUACCCCAGGGGGAUGAAAGGACAAGCAGGUCCAGCAGCCUGGCUGCCCCGGCACGCCUGUGGUCCACAACCCUGAGGUUGACUCCACAUGAACAGCUGUGUCUCCUGCAGUUAAACAGUUGAAGUUCUUUAGUUCCCUGAAGUGAAACAAAAGAGAGAGAAUGUAACGACUAGUCUGAUACUGUAGUACUGUCAGUACUGUACACGGUUGUGCAGUACUGACAGGAAUGUUUGACCCAACCUGAGAUUGUACUUUUACCUCCAGUCCACGUCCGUGGUUUCUCUUUGACACCAUCUUGAUUUUUGUUUUGAUCAUCGAUUGUCGUCACACGUGCACUUUAAAUGAUUGACAUCUGUCAUGACUCCGUCAGGUCAGGGUUUGGAUCCAUGGUUUUGAAGAUUCCUGGUACCACAGACGUAGUUUCACUGUUCACACACCAGGUGACCCCACACCACGUAUCCUCAACACCAGGUGACAUCACCACCGUGACUGGGAUUUUUUAGGGAUGUCAAAAAUCCGAGUUCAGCUUCGAUCUAGUUUUAGAGAAUUUUUUACCAAAUAAGCUUCACCUGUGACUUCACUACCAGAAAUGUACAGAAGUGUAAGGCAGGUGUGUACUUUAACCCCCCAGUGCCAGUUCCUUUCUGUUUUUUUUAAAUGGUCACUCAGUUCUGUUGUAAAAUACUUCAAUGUGAUUUUUCUUUUUUUAAAUCUCUUUAAAUUACUGGUAAGAUUGUCGCCUUAAACAGAACUUAAACUUCAUUUCUACGAUCUCUGAUGUCACACUAUAAGCUACUGCACACACACACACAAGCCUAGAUCCGUGCACUUCACCCAUGACUUAACUCAGUGAAACGUUACGGUCGGACACCACAGCAGGUGGAGGAGAACCUGGUACUGAUUCCCGUCCCAGACCGGGGUCGAACAGAACCUCACACUCCGACCGUGAUCCAGUCAGCUGAUUCAGGAACAUCAGGCGUGGCCACUCACUCCAGUUUACUGUAAAUAUAAAUGUCGUAUAUAUAUUUGUACAAUUUAAAGCGAUAUGUUGACGAUGUUGUGCUCUCUGUCUGUAAACUGUUUUUUACAUUUCGUUUCUUGGUGAGAUUUUAUGGAGAUUUGUUUUUAAAUUCCUGUAAACUGCGUUUUUAUGAACACACACACACACACACACACACACCAGUGUUGUAGCACAACUGGUAAAGAAGAAGAAUCACAGCAACAAUCACAUUCAUGUUCCUUCAUGUUCCUUCAUGUACAGCUUUUAUCACCCGAAAAAUCUUUUCAAUAAACAAAACAUUUGCAAUCA